GAUAUUUCUUGUGUAAAACCCAAAACCCUACUUCUCAGUGACUUCAUAUUAUCCUCUGCUUCUCUUGUCCAAACUAGCUCUUCACUGUGUCAUUUCAUUCCUUCACAAACAGUGGCGUCGCUGUAAUUGAGAUGAGAAGGAGCAUAGAACAGUGAAGGUAGAGUAAUGGAAGGCUAUGGAAAGUACAAAACAAUGACGGAGAAGGGAGAAAACGGAGUGAUUGUCCCAUCGUUUUCUUCUUCGCGCGAGGGAUUCCGCGCUCAUGGUGGAAAAAGCGUUUUGACAGUUGCUGCUGCUAGAAAGAUGUACCAGAGAGAGAAGGUCAAUGCUUCUUCAUCUUCAAGUGACGACAUGGAUGCAACCGUUUAUGGUAGGAAAAAGAAAAAACGUAAAUGUCUUCAGGAGUUGUUUACAGCAGAUUACGUUGUAAACAAUGUUUUACGGAAGGAUGGCCCUUCUCUUGGUCAGGAAUUUGAUUCAUUUCCUUCUGGACCCAAAAAGCACACUCCUGCUUGUCAAGAGGAACUAGGGCCCACCAAAAGGAGGAAGGUUUCCAAGAGUGCAACUCGAAGUCACCCUGAUUGUAAUAUGAAAGCACCUGUGAAGAAACAUGGUAUUGGCAAAGGUCUGAUGACAGUUUGGAGGGCAACAAAUCCUGAAGCUGGACGCCUUCCAGUGAGUUUUGGUUUUGCUGACCGAGAAGUUCGUCUAAUCUCGAAUUCCAUAGCACAGAAACCGGUCUAUGAGAACAACAGGUCUCGGGAAACUGUAAUUAUGAAUGGAAUUGAAAAAAAUAAAAUGCAGAAUAAGAGAAAUAAAAUCCAGGAUAAGAGGAAACUUUUCAUGCAAAGACGAGUGGGAGAAUUGAACCAAUAUGUGACUCAGAACCAGUCACUGGUGGAAAAAUGUGAACUUGCUUUGGAUAGUGCAACAUAUGACGAGGGAGUUGAUCGUUUUUCAAUGUUAAUCGAUGAUGAAGAGCUAGAAUUGAGAGAGCUACAAGAAGGAACUGAUCUGCUUAUGUGUUCUGAUCAUUUUGCUGCCUGUGGAAUGCUUGGUUGCUCACUUUGUAAAGAUGUGCUAGUUAAGUUCCCCCCAGAUAGUGUCAAGAUGAAGAAACCUAUACGUUUGCAACCUUGGGACUCCUCUCCAGAAAUUGUGAAGAAAUUAUUUAAGGUUUUCCAUUUCCUUUAUACAUAUGCUGUAGUUGUUGAUAUAUGUCCCUUCACUCUUGAUGAGUUUGUUCAAUCAUUUCAUGAUAAGGACUCGAUGCUACUUGGAAAGAUUCAUGUGGCUCUUCUCACACUUCUUCUAUCUGACAUUGAAAUGGAGCUUACUGAUGGGUUUUUACCUCAUUUAAAUAAGUCAUGCAAUUUUCUUGCAUUGCUUCACUCGGUUGAAAGUCAGGAAUAUUCCCUGAACUUAUGGAAAAGAUCUCUAAAUCCUCUUACUUGGAUUGAAAUACUCCGGCAAGUGCUGGUUGCUUCUGGAUUUGGUUCAAAGCAAGGUGCCUUACGAAGAGAGGCCCUUAGCAAGGAAUUGAAUCUUUUUGUAAACUAUGGAGUAUGCCCUGGCACCUUGAAGGGUGAAUUGUUUACAAUCUUGUCAGAGCAAGGAAACAAUGGAUGCAAAGUAUCUGAGCUGGCAAAGUCAAAGCAGAUUAUUGAAUUAAACCUUGUCAGCACAACAGAGGAACUGGAGUCUUUAAUAUUUUCCACACUUUCAAGUGAUAUUACUUUAUUUGAAAAGAUUUCAUCAUCUGCAUAUCGACUGCGUAUGAGCACUGUUAUGAAGGACAAUGAUGAAUGCCAGUCAGAUAUGGAGGACUCUGGGAGUGUUGAUGAUGAACUUAACGACAGUGAUACGUGUAGCAGUGGCGAUGAUUUUGAAACUGAUUCAAGAAACUCCAAUAUAAGAAAAUUGAAGCGUGCAAACAGUCAAAAAACAAAAAAUAAUAUGUUGAAAGUAUACACUGAAAUCGACGAGAGCCAUCCGGGAGAAGUGUGGUUGUUAGGACUGAUGGAGAGUGAAUAUUCUGAUUUGAACAUUGAAGAAAAAUUGAAUGCAUUGGCGGCUCUAACUGAUCUUCUUUCAUCUGGAUCCAGCAUCAGGUUGAAGGAUCCAAUAAAAGAUACCGCCAAUUGCAAUUCUGGCGUCCAGUUAUGUGGUUCUGGAGCAAAAAUAAAGAGAUCAGUAGUAAAAAAGCCGGUUCCAUUUUGGAACCAGAUUGGACAAAUGCAAUCUGCUAAAGAAGUGCCCUCAACUUCUCAUCCCUGUCCAGUAGAUUCCUCAUCAUUAUUCUCAAAAUUUCAUAGUCAUGAGGCAUCCUUUGAGAAUGGAAAAGGUUCAACUGAUUCACACCCCAUUCAGUCAGUGUUAUUGGGAUCUGAUCGUAGGUACAAUAGAUAUUGGCUUUUCUUGGGCCCUUGUGAUGCAGAUGAUCCUGGCCACCGGAGGGUUUACUUUGAAUCUUCCGAAGAUGGUCACUGGGAGGUGAUUGAUACCGAAGAGGCCUUGUGUACCUUGUUGUCAGUUUUGGAUGAUAGAGGGAAACGGGAGGCUCUUCUUCUUGAAUCUUUGGAGAGGCGGCAAACAUCUCUAUGCAGAUCUAUGUCCAGGAUUAAGGUUAAUAGUAAUGGUAUGGGGAAUAUGUCACAUUCUGAUCAAUCUGAGCUGGAUAUGGUCACAGAAGAUAGUUAUUCUCCAGUAUCUGAUGUAGACAACCUGAACCUGACUGAGACUGCCAAGGGCUCCUUGCCAUCAGCUGGGGCUGUGGUAAUUGAAGCCGGAAAGAAGGGGGAGGAACAAGUGCAAAAAUGGUUCCGUGUUCAAGAAUAUGAUUCUUGGAUUUGGAAUUCCUUUUAUUUAGAUCUCAAUGUUGUAAAAUAUGGUAGAAGGUCUUAUCUUGACUCUCUAGCAAGAUGUAGGAGUUGUCACGAUCUAUACUGGAGAGAUGAGAGACACUGUAAAAUCUGCCAUAUGACAUUUGAGCUUGACUUUGAUCUAGAAGAAAGAUAUGCAAUUCACCUAGCCACAUGCAGGGAGAAAGAAGACAGCAAUACAUUUCCAAAUCAUAAAGUCUUAUCAUCACGGAUUCAAUCACUGAAAGCUGCAAUUUAUGCUAUUGAGUCUGUUAUGCCUGAAGAUGCCCUGGUUGGUGCUUGGAGGAAGUCUGCUCAUAAGCUAUGGAUCAAACGACUCAGACGCACCUCAACUUUAGUGGAGCUUUUUCAGGUUCUUGCUGAUUUUGUUGGUGCCAUCAACGAGGACUGGUUGUUUCAAUGCAAAUUUCUUGAUGGUGUGGUUGAAGAAAUCAUUGCAUCUUUUGCAUCUAUGCCCCAUACAUCAUCUGCCCUUGCUUUGUGGUUAGUGAAGUUAGAUGCCAUAAUUGCUCCCUACCUGGAAAGGGCCCAUCCUCAGAAGAAGCAGGGAAUCAGUAAGCAUGGUCCUUGCUGAUAGGCAUACUUCGGUUUAUAACAGAAACUACGUGGAUAUUAUUGGACUUGAAAUGAACUACCCGUUCCGCUCCUUAACGCUCCGAUGGGUUUAUAUUACUUGAACAGAGAUAAAUGUGCUGGCUCCAUUUGCUUCUGAUUUUACAGUAUGACUACAAUUUGACAAAGGCAAUAUUGUGCAUGUCAAAAUCACAGUUCUUUUUUCACCUCUUUUCCUUUUAAAUUUAAUGUGUACAGGAAAUCUUAUUGGUCAGAUGUAUAGCUUUAGAUUAGAAAAAUACUGGGUAACUUGAGUUUUUUGGUGCCAAACCCCACUCUUGUUCUACUGUUUCUUGCUUCAUGGUGUUUGUGGUCUUCUCAUGCGAGAAAUCAAUUUUGUCUUUGUAUCUUGCAGAAUAU